CGUUUAUUAGUUAUUUUGCACAUUUGUAGAAAUAUUAGAUUUUCUAAAAGGUUGAAAUUAUUGAAUUUUAUAUAAAACAAUAGUGUAGUGAAUAAGAGCAAAAUAGUGUUAGAACAUGUUUUCUGAAACAUUUUCAAAUGUACAUAAAUAAAAAGCUAUACAUUGCAGUAUAUUCAUAUGUUUGGAACACUCGCUUCAUUGCAAUAACAAUUUAUUAAAAAAUACGUAUGUAUAUUAUCUGAAUAUAUACUUCCAACAUCGUAUUUGGUUUCAAUAUUUUAAAUUCAUAAUAAACUAAAUAUUUCUGAACUAAAUUCAAGAACAGCUCGAUUAAUGGGAACACACAUAUUCUAACACAUACAAACCAAAAUGUUGUUGCGGCGUCUGGUGAGCAAGCCUCCCGCUCCGCCAUCGCCUGCUUUGCCGUCGCAUUUGUGGGCGUCGCGACUCGUACGUCACGCUGGAGAUCACGCGCCCUGCCGCUGGUCAAGUGGAACAAAUCUUAAGGACAUCGAACGCUUAAUAAUACAAGAGACGAAAAUAUCACGAGAUCAUUUAACACCAGAGAUAGCGCUCCAUCUCAUAACACCUGAAUGUCGGCUCUUUCAUGAACCAGUGCCCAAUAUAAAUGUCACGAAGUUGUUCAAAGACGACCCGUUUUGGGCAUUCUACUGGCCUGGUGGACAGGCUAUCAGUCGUUACGUGCUGGAUAAUCCCUCCUUGGUGGUUGGCAAGUCGGUGCUGGAUGUGGGCAGCGGUUGUGGGGCCGGCUCCGUGGCUGCGCUGAUACACAAAGCAAAAUAUGUUGUGGCAAAUGACAUUGAUAAAGUGGCUGGCUGUGCUGUUGUACUGAACGCCCAGUUGAAUGGGGUAGACCUGAAACGCUUACAUAUUUCUACGGAAAAUUUAAUAAAAGCUUCACAAUUGGUAAAGGAAGACCUAAUUUUAUUGGGUGAUGUUUUUUACGACGAAGAGUUUGCCGCAGUCUUGCAUCCUUGGCUACAAAGUCUACGUAAGGCGGGAAAACAGAUACUUGUUGGUGAUCCGGGACGGCACGGCUUGACAGCGAACAGACGGCAGCAUAUGAGACGUUUAGCCAGAUACGAGUUAACGGAAAGUGGCUGCAUUGAGAAUAAUGGUUUUCGCUUUGUUAAUGUUUGGGAAUUAAGAUAGUAAUGAUUGCAAUUAUAAUUAAAAAUUUUAUGCGAACAUAAAACUAAAAUAUUUUAUAAAUAAUUGUUUUUUAAAAAACUGUAUUCAGUAUAACAUUUCUAACAAUAUUAAAAAGAUGAUUAAAAGAGUAAUAACAAACAAAAAUUUUSCUAAAAAUUAGAGUCUUAAAAAAACAAAAAAUUAAUUGGAGAUGCCGGGGAUCGAACCCGGGGCCUUUCACAUGCAAAGCGAACGCUCUACCACUGAGCUACAUCCCCUCACAAUAAAUAAUUGGUCAAUGACUAACUUCACGCCACGUCCAGAGUUUUUACGCACAAAUUAGCUCAAGCGUAAAUUUAAUGCAUACCUAAAAUAGGGGCCGAACAAAUUAAAUACUCGUUAUGCUUAUGUUACCCAUUAAACGCCAAUAACUUUGUUCACUCGAUUGUCAUGUUGAAUUUUUAAUUACAUGACAGUUGAAAGCACGAGUUAAGCACAUCGUGCAGCUUCUCAUAGCCUGAACAAACGAAAAUGCAGGAGACUUGCCAUGUUCGGUUGUGUGUAUAUAAGCGCACGAAAUACUGAGUUUUUGAACUAUUGCUCUGAAAUUUUUCGCGCGUUCUUUUCUCCCCAAGAAAUAACUCAUCUGUUGGAAUCGCAGAUAUCGGUCCGCUGAACCUAUGUUAUAUACAAUAGUUGCAAUAUAAACAAAUUUUUUUUUUAUUUUGUUGGAUAAUAUACAUAGUAUGUACAUAUGUAUGUAUCUUCAAGUUCUGUAUGGAAGUUAUAUUAUGGAAACCGAAGUUAACGUUUUCAAAUUUCAAACAAAAACUUAAAAAGAAAACCUUUUUUUUUUAAAGUGUGUUAAUCAAUUAUCUGCCGUAAAUAUUGUAGAAGUAGUCAAAUAACCACCAGUAGCAGAUGAUGAUGUUGUAUUGUCUCACGAGAUUCAAGUCUUAAUAACAUUCUGCACCGUUAUAGUUUAAACCACAAUUUUUUGAGUAGCUUUUCGAGUUCACCUCAAAAUCGACCAAAACAGUAAGUUAGCUAUCCCUACUUAGCUACAAGAAAAAUUAA